AUGGCGACGGAUUUCUGGGUAAGCUCACACUACAAGCGCUGGAUCGUGGAUCGUGCGACAUUGAAGCAAUCAAGGGCAGAAAUUGACCUACACUAUGUCGAAGACCCAGAAUAUCUAGACUUUUUGGCGAUUUACUUUGCAAACGGUAGGUCGAAAAGCAGAUCCAUCUACGAUGUCAGAUAUAAGAUAAAUAUGAACGGUUGA